UCAGUCUCUGCGACCUUAGUAGUAGUUACCUACCGUGCGACGACCAUCUAUCGUGCGACGACGACCUCCGUGCGAUGGAACCGCCGUCGCCGUCGCCGUCAGCAACGGCGCCAGCAGCGAGUAGUGGCCCGCCACGUGUCUUCAACGUGAAUGUCGGCAUCCUAGGGCACAUCGACAGCGGCAAGACCAGCCUCGCCAGGGCGCUGAGCACGCUGCUGAGCACGGCCGCGCUGGACAAACACCCUCAGAGCGCAGAGAGAGGAAUCACCCUCGACCUUGGGUUCUCCGCCUUCCAGGUGGACGUCCCCCCAUCCCUGGCUCACCAUCUCCCCUAUGAGAAGAUCCAGUUCACGCUAGUGGACUGCCCCGGCCACGCAUCUCUCAUUCGCACCAUCAUCGGAGGCGCUCAGAUCAUAGACUUGAUGCUGCUGGUAGUGGACGUCACCAAAGGCAUCCAGACACAAACGGCUGAGUGUCUAGUUGUGGGCGAGGUUUCUCCCACCAAGGAAAUGGUUGUGGUGCUCAACAAAACGGACCUCUUACCUGCUGCCACAAAGCAAGUGCAGAUCGACAAGACGAGGAAGAGACUAAAGGCCACUCUGAAAGGCACCAAGUUUGCCGAUGCUGCCAUCGUCACAACAGCAGCACCGCCACCACCAGCAACAGCAGAAGGCGUUUCUGACCUUGUCAACCAGCUCAUAGCCCGGGUACCCUCCAUAUCUCGCACUUCAGAGGGUCCGUUCCUUUUUGCGAUCGACCACUGCUUCCCCAUCAAGGGCCAGGGCUCCGUGAUGACAGGAACAGUGCUGAGGGGACACGUGGCAGUGAAUGAUUCGCUUGAGCUUCCCCUGCUCAAGCUACAGAAGAAGGUCAAGAGCAUGCAGAUGUUUCACAGGCCGGUCUCUCAGGCCGCACAGGGUGAUCGCGUGGGUCUCUGUGUCACUCAGCUCGACCCGAAGCUCAUCGAGCGAGGAAUUGCAGCUGCACCUGGUUCAGUGCCCAUCCUGUCUGCUGCAAUCGCAGCCGUUCAUCCCAUCCGAUUCUUCAAAGGACCCCUCACCUCCAACUCCAAGUUCCAUGUAACCGUGGGUCAUUCCACUGUCAUGACAGCUGUCACCUUCUUCGACCAUCCCUCCCCAAACUCUUCAACCCCCAGCUCAGCAUCACCAUUUGAUUUCUCUCUUGACUACCCCUAUGUGGACAAUCUACAAGACAGUCCUGCAGAUUUAGCACCUGAUCAGCAGAGCCCUGACGCGUCUGAGUCUGCAUCCCACGCACACUUUGCCCUCCUCGUGUUCGAAUCCGAGAUCGCCUGUCCAAGUGACGCGUUACUCAUAGCAUCUCGGCUCGACUCGGACAUCCACUCCAACACAUGCCGCAUGGCAUUCCAUGGCCACAUCGUUGCCCCCAUUGAUCCAACCACAAUGAACUCAGGCUCUCAGGCCGUGCGUGUGUUCAAGCUGAAGAGCAGGGAGGGGGUGAUCGACCGGGUGGUUGAUUCCCACUCGCUCAUCGGUCGAGGCCUCUUCAAGAAAGAAACGGACAUCACCAAAUUCGUGGGGCUCAGAGUCACAACCGUGGAAGGAACACAAGGAACGAUCCAGUCGCCGUUUGGCAAGUCGGGGAAAUUCAAGGUUGUGUUCCAAUCCGCACUGCCUAAAGAGGCCAUAGCUGGUGCGCCUCUACAUCUCGUUUUCAAGCGGCUAUUGUUUGAUAAGACAAAGCAAAUGCUACAGUAGGUGACAUGUCACAUGAAUGCUACAGCAUAUAAUUCUACGCCUGCAACUGGCCACCUUGGGAGUUCUGUACCAGUGCUCAUUACAGUAGAAGAGUGAAGGCUACACCACACUGGCAAUUCAGUUUUUCAAGCACCCAUAUUCGGUACCAAUACACUACCAUGGAGAAUGUGGAAUGUGCUGUUAGGGUGAAUAUUUCUGUAUGACCUACAUUCAAACUUUGCAUGCUCUACAGUCCGUAGUGUUAA